CUCUGCCUACGUCACAAGCUUCUAAGAUGGCGUUUUGAUGACGACGGGAGAAGUAAGGACCCCUGCCCUUGUUCAAAAGUGACACCAAUGCAAAACAUCAAGGGUAGGCGAUGGAGCUCCCCAACUACGCCAGUCAACUGCUUCUCCAGCUCAAUCAACAACGCUCAAAGGGCUUCCUGUGCGAUGUCAUCAUCAUGGUCGAGAACACACUCUUCCGAGCCCACAAAAGUGUCCUCGCCGCCACCAGCCACUACUUCAAGUCCCUUGUCCUUCAUGAUAACCUCAUCCACCUUGACCCUGAUAUGGUGGAUCCAGCUGUUUUCCAGCAAAUUCUGGAUUUCAUUUACACUGGCAAGUUGUCAGAUGAGAUUUUUGAGGCUCUGGAUUUGAGCUCUCUGCUCACCACAGCUAACUUCCUCCAGCUCAAUGACCUCGCAAACCUGUGCUCCACUAAGAUGAACCAAAAUGGAUCCCUCAAUAGCGUAGCAUGUGGGAGCUCCAAAUCUUUAUUUCGCCUGUAUGAAGACCACUCAUCAGACACUGAAACAUACACGUGUAUGACUCCUCCCAAAAAAAGGCAUAAUUCUGAAAGUAAAUGUAGGAAAAAGCAGGACUUGGGGUUGGAUUUGACUAAGAAGAAUGUAAAGUCUGAGACGAAUGAUUCGUUUUUUCUUUCUAGAACCAUCUCCAACAAUAUGCAGCUAGGAAUAAACGGGAAGUGUGUUCCAAAGAAAGAAAAGUGGAUAAUUCCUUUGGAUGGAGCCCAGGAAAGAAAAAGGGAGGGAUCCCGAAGAAAAUCCAAGGUCAGUGGUUACGUUCCUCUUAGCAGGGUUGGAAGUCAACUAAGCCAGAAUCAGACUUUCACUUUACAGUUGUCUGUAAAGAAAGAGAAAGGAAUUGGAGGGAAAACAGACGAAACUGAUGGCCAAAAACCAAACAAUGGCAGCACCAAUUUUGUGUAUCAAAAGGACACCUUUCUCAAAGAAGCGGAAGGGGACAACCCUUACGUUUGUAUUCCAUGUGAAAAGGGUUUUCCCUCCUCCGAGAGUCUCAAGUCACAUGUGGAAAGUCAUUUGGAUGGAGACCUGGAUGUGAAAGUGGAGGAUGAGGAGGAAGAGGAACGUGAUGGAGACGCUGGAGUCACCAGAGUCUCGCAAGAAGCUGCUGAAAGCCUGGAGCAAAGUCCCAGAAAGUCCCUCAAAGAUGUUGACACCUUGCGUCCAUUCCCUUGCAACAUUUGCGGCAAGAUGUUCACACAGCGCGGCACUAUGACCCGCCACAUGCGCAGCCACCUCGGCCUAAAGCCGUUUGCUUGUGAGGAGUGUGGUAUGCGCUUCACCAGGCAGUACCGUCUCACUGAGCACAUGCGUGUCCAUUCAGGGGAGAAACCUUAUGAGUGCCAGGUCUGUGGUGGGAAGUUUACGCAACAAAGAAACCUCAUUAGUCACAUGCGGAUGCAUACCUCAGCAUCUUAGAACAGGUCAAAGAGCCCUAAACUUGAAAAAUGCAGAUACCAACAGUUCUCCAUAGUGCUUUAGUUUAGGUUCUUUUAACUAGGGUUCAGUUCUCCUGAACACUACAAAGAUUCAUCUAGAUCUUCUUUACAGUUUUAUCUUCAUCCACAAGAAUUCUAUCUCAAAAAGGAAACCUUUGUAGUCUAAUCUAAAAUAUGUCUUUUGCAAAGUUUACUUUUGGAUCUAAUUUAGGGUUCAGUUUCAGCCACAAAUUCAAUUCUUAAAUUUUACAAAGAUUGUUCCAGAGCUAUUGAGCUAUGUUCACACGGUCAGUCCAAAUCUGAUUAUUUGUGCAUCCUAUUGGAAUCUGAUCUAGAUUAUUGACUGUCCACACUGUGUAUCGUAACUGUUCGUACCUGAUUUGUGUGUCCGGUGGUGCUCUUUCUUUUAUAGAAUAUCUCCAUUGGUUUCUAUGGCAAUGACGUUGCAUUGCACCAAAAACAACACUUGGGGGGUUUGCAAUACAGAUGUUCUCUUAUUUACAUCUUACAAUGUGUAGCCACCGCGCUGGACUACUACAUCUGAGGCAGCGGCAGAAACAUAGGAGGCUGGUAUGAGCGGCUUUAUUCCGUGCUGCCAUCUCCGCCAGGCUUAGAAUUCAACAUGUCUCCAUUAUAUUGUAAUUUUACGCUUGACACUUUGCAACAACACAACUUUGUUUCUACAGUGGCUUUCACAAUGUUUGUUAUAACAACGUCUGGCAUGUUUACGUUUUACGUGGCCUUAGAAAGUGACAUAAAUGAAGAAAUGCAAUUUAAAUAGGAUUUCAAACCACAUAUGAAUGUAGCUUUUUCCCAUUCACAUCUGCUUUAUGAUCAGAAACAUAUGAUCAGAUUAAAUUGAAUAUGCUUAAAAAUCGGAUUUGGACUGACCGGUCUGACGAGAUUUAGGACUGGAGGGCUGCCUUCCUGUAAACAAGGGUUUCAACCCUGCUUCAAUCUAUUUAUAAUCUGUUUCAGGUGUGUUUGAUUAGGGAUGGACCUAAACUCCUCCAGAGCCGGAUUUGAGAAACCUGCAAAACUGUGGCCCUCCAUGAGUUUGAGUUCGGCACCCCUGAUCAAGAGCGUUUUUUAUACAUUUCUGAGAAUUUGUGGCCAAAACCUCUGUAGCAAAUCAAACCCUCUAGAACACUAGAGAUUAUUUAGAUUAAUUUAGUUUACCUUUUGAGCUAAUCUCGUAUUCAGUACGGAUAUUGAGUCCUUUAAGAUUCUAAUACUCUUUAACUCUUCUCUACACCGAUUUCCUUUUUGAGCUUUUCUAGGGUUCGUUUCAUCCACAAAUUCUAGAAUAAUCUGCAAAUGAAACUUCUAAACAUCUAGAGGAUUAUUUGUAGUAUGUUAUUUUUCUAUUCUCAAAAAGAAAACCACCUUUGUCUAAACUUGGGUUCCGUAAGGUUUCUCUACAGUUCACUUUUUUUUAAUCUAGAUAAUCUAGAGUCCAGUUUUGCUCCCAAAUCCUCUAGAAUGCUACAUAGGAUUAUCGUGAUCUUUGUUUUGAAUGGCAAUGCCAUUUCCUGACCAGUAUAUAAAUGCCAACUUCAGCCAAUACCUGCUGUUAUACCUCUUUCUAUGAAUUUCUAUAAAUUUUCUUCUUGUGCAUGAAUUGUUUAUUGUUAGUGUGUAGCUAAACAAAUGUUAAAUUUAUCCACUUGUAGUUUAGAUGUAGUUUGAUCUAUUAAAACGAAAAUUACCUCAAAUUGCUAGUAAUUAUCUCUGAACUGAAACAACCGAAUGUUUCUGGUGAUGCCAGUUAUUUUACAGCCGUGACUUGCUAUACCUCUCGAAUGUAAUUAGGAAUUGUGAAAUGGUUUAGGCUUCAGAAACUGACCGCUAUAAUAAAGCUAUCUGGUUGUUUACUUGAAUACACAAACUUGCUACCUCAGAUUAAACCAAACCCUCUGAUUAGCCUGUAUGAGAUUAAGACUACAUGUUGGAUUAGAAAACCUACAUGAUGUCUUCUAUAAUACAGUCACUCUGUCUAGUUGAAUUGAGCUUAAACUGACAUCUGAUCCAGAACAGGGGAAAACACACUGCCUGUUUUAAUGUACACUUUUCAGGGGGUCAGGUAAUACUUCACUGUAUCUGAGCUUGUGAAGUCAUAUUGCUUGAGCAAUUAGGGUGUUUUGAUGUACAGUUCCAAAGAAAUAUUGAAUGUUGAAAUGCUGAAGAAAUAUUGUAAAACUAUAUAACCAAAUCUAUAUUCUUGCUAAAUAUUUAAGUCUAAUUUAUGCUUCUUUCAAUUCAGGUUUAUAUUAUAAAAUCUUUUUCUUUUUAUUAAUAUUUUUUUUCAGGGGUUUUCCUUUGGGAUUUUUUUUAUUAAUAUUAUGAUUAUUUUCCAAUGCUUCAACCAAUGGCUUAAUGUAUACAGCAUGUUGUCCAUAUUUUCUUGUGGCAUGUGCAUUGUUCUUAUGAUUUAAAAAAAUGUUAGGUUUAGCAGAUUGCGUUCUUGCAUUUAGUGUUGAAAUGAGACCAAAAGCUUCAAAUCAAAACCUACUGUAAAUAUCUUUGGGUAUCUUAAUGUAAAUGACAUGUUAUCAUUUGAUACAUUACUGAAACGUUUACUUGUUCAGAUAUUAAAUGAUUUUCUUGCGGUUUAACGUCUAACGUCAACUACCUCUGGUUGGGUUUUUUCAUGCUGGAUGGCUUUUUAAACAAUACCCAAUUCUGAGGUUGUUUUGUAGUUCGUUGCCUGUUCUGGUAAUAUCAACAAGGGUACUUUAAAUAAUAGAUCAACUAGUCAAAUUAUUUAAUUUGCUGAAUUACCAUUGCAGGCACUCUUUGUUCAGUUGUGCUUGCUUUUUUCUCUCUUUGCUUUAUAAGAUUAUUUGACAUUGUCUGUAAAUCAAUAUAAUUCUAUAAUAUUCAGGAACUUUUUAUUACUUAAUGGGGCUUGAAACUGAACUUUAAAACUGUGACAACACUUUCAUUUGCAUCCUCUGCAAACCUCAGGGAACAUUUUAGGGACGCAUCCCAAUUAACUUUUUGAACCAUAAAGCACCAUAUAACCAAUGUUUUUGCAGCUAAUUUGAUUUAGACACGUUUCUAUAUAUUCACUAUAACUGACACAAUAUGCCUUCUGAAGGUUUGGCAGCUCUUUCCAUUAGCAGGUUUGUGUGUAUGUGUAGGGUUUUGAUGUGGUUUUCUUUUGAAAUGUCAAGUACUUUGUUCAAAAAUAAUGAUACUAAAGUAUUUGCAACUUGUUUAUGAAAACCAAAGCACAUUUUCACUCUUUGAAAAUUUUAAAGUCCUGUUGUAAGUAACAUUGUUCUCAUUUAUGACAUGAAAUAAAAUUAAAUGCUGAUCAAACAA